AUGACUCGUAGUCGCCGUUUGUUGGCAAAUUUCGUACCGGAAGUGGCUUCACCCCCCGGAGAUUUCAAAAUGGAGUUGAACCAUUAUAUUGACAACAAUCAUGAAAAAACAAUUCAGUUGCUUUCUAUUGCGAAGACCUCUGACUUGAAAUUGUAUGGAAUAAAUGCAUUACUUGCGCCAACUGUUGAAGAAGUUAACAAAUUAACUAAGGAGCAAGGAUAUAGCUUUAUCAUUGAUGGUGUUGAAAGAAAGUUUCAAGGGGAUCUACUCCUUUGGAGUGGGGAUACUUUAGCAAGUCAACAGAUUGCAGGGUUUAAAGAGGGAGUUGGAGGUGCACUUCGCUUUUGUAGGUCUUGCCUGGCAACAAGAGAAGAGAGUAAUGAACAGUUCAGAUCAGAGAACUUUCAGCCAAGAACCUUAAAUACCCACAUCCAAAUUUGCCACAUGUUGGAUGAUCCAGAAAAUAGCAGUCAUGUGAAAGAUCGCAUUUCAACAACUUAUGGUGUUAAUGGAAAGUCGGUGUUGGUCAAUGCUGGAAACUUUGAUGUUUGUCAAUGCUUCCCACAGGAUAUUAUGCAUGUUCUGUUUGAAGGUGUUAUUCCAUACGAAAUGAAGCUACUACUUAAGGUUAUAGUAGAUGAAAAGAAGUUCAUUUCCCUAAAGGAAUUAAACCACAGAAUAGAAAGUUUUGAUUAUGGUUACAUGAAUGCAAAGAACAAGCCAUCACAGAUUGUCCGGGAGACUGUGAACUCUUCUGAUUCAAAACUUAAGCAAAGUGCUUCACAGAUGUGGUGCCUUUUCAGAUUCUUUCCAAUAAUCGUGGGGGAUCUGAUUGACAAGAAUUUAAAGGAGGGAUUCAAAAUUAUUUUAUUUUAUGUCGCAAGGCGAAGAGGCUCGAAUUGCGAGUCACGACGAUAA